CCGCUAAAAGUCGGGUCCCGCCUUCUUCUUACGUCCUCUCUUGCAUUGCGGGGUGGGAGCUCGCAGACGUCAUUAAAAAGCGCCGGAAAUGUCCCGCUGUGAGGCGGUUGUGGGCCCUGUCACGUGAUGGCAGUGGCAGCUCUGUAAGCCCGUGUCGUUAGCUGUAGCGGCGCGUUGUUUUGACGUAGUAGGGGUCGGUUGAGGGAACAGGGGGGCCUGGCCGCUGCCAUGACCAUCUGCCACUUCUUCCUGCAGGGCCGCUGCCGCUUCGGCGAGAAGUGCUGGAACGAACAUCCCCGCGGCGGGGGGCGCUCGGGCCCGGCCGCGCCGCCCUCCCAGGGUACUGGCAGAGGAGGAUGGGGUGCCCAUAACCAGAGAUACACCAAUGUUGUCCAGCCUUCUAAUUUCUCUAAACCCACUACAUGGGGUGGCAGCAGAGAUGACGGAAAGGCAUUUUUUGGACCCUCUAUUGACUCUGGAGGUGGCAAUAAAAGUUCAGGAUUUUCUCAAAACAGAUUCUCUGCAUUAAGCUCUGAGCAAAAUAUUGGCAAUAGCUACAGAGAUGAAGAGGAGAAGCUUCUCGAAGGCAUAAUAAAGGACAUGGAAGUCUGGGAAUCUUCAGGACAGUGGAUGUUCUCCUGUUAUUCACCUAUGAAAGAAAAACCGAACAUCUCAGGUAGUAACUUCCCUAGUGUCAUCAUACACUUAUUACCAAGAAUGUUUCUCUCAAGGUGUUGCAUUAUAUUUAUUUUAGGGU